AUGCGGUCUUCUCUCUUUCCUGCUCCCUGUAUAUGGGUGACGUUCCUACUAGCUCUGCUCCAAGUAGCUCUAGGAUCACCAUAUCUCCCAAAGCGGGCGAAGGGACCCUGGAAGGGAUUGAACACUGAUUUCCCAGACCCAAGCUUCAUGAAAGCUGCUGAUGGGAAAUGGUAUGCCUUCGGCACGAACGGAAACGGCAAGCGUGUUCAGGUUGCUGUUUCACCAGAUUUUUCCCACUGGACUCUGCUCGAUAUCGACGCGCUUCCAACUUUGGGAAGCUGGGAGACGGCCAAAGACCACUGGGCACCCGAUGUGGUUCUGCGCGACGACGGAAAGUACGCCAUGACCUAUUCAGGAGAGUCUAAGAGCGAUACUCCUCAUCACUGUGUUGGAACUGCCGUGGCGGACAAGCCCAUGGGGCCGUAUGUCCCCAGCAAUACCCCACUGUCGUGCAGGCUGGACCAGGGCGGGUCCAUCGAUUCUGCGGGGUUCAAAGACAAAGAUGGCAGCAGAUACGUUGUUUUCAAAGUCGACGGCAAUAGCGUCGGCCACGGAGGUGACUGCAACAACGGCAACCCUCCUCUCGUUUCCACGCCAAUCAUGCUGCAAAAGGUGAAGGCGGAUGGUGUCACUCCCAUUGGUGAUGCGGUGAAAAUCCUCGACCGCAACACCAACGACGGCGAUGGGCCUCUUGUGGAAGCCCCCAGCCUGCUUCUACACAAUGGAGUCUACUUCUUGUUUUACUCGACCCACUGUUUCACGGACAGCAAGUAUGACGUGCGCUGGGCUACUGCUAGUAGCAUUACGGGCCCGUAUCAUAAGUCGAACGUCCAGUUGCUGAAGAGUGGCGACUACGGUGGACUCAUCUCCCCUGGAGGUGCGACUGUGUGUGGAUGUGGGGAUCGCAUGCUGUUCCACGCCUGGUGUGAUAACUCGAUGAAGCAGCGGUGCAUGUAUGUGGCGGACCUCGUCCUCAGCGGAACGACGGCCUCGAUCGCGUAG